GUACUUUUGUGGGACGAUCUGAGAUCGCGGGAGCGUUGAACGCGAGCACGCAGAUCGUGCUCUUUGCCUCCUCCAACGCAUUUCCUUCAACAAGGGACGGCGGCGCAUUCAUCGUCGCACACGGCGCCGCGUUGCGAGGACCACGUCCCCUAGCACAGGCACACUCUUGUGUCUUCCUCUGUCUUUCUCUUGUUUCCCUCCUAAAAAUGCGUUUUAAAGCCGUUCUGAAUGACGCGAAAGGCCUCCUUGGCGCGCUGCAGGUGUGUCACAGCAUUCAACGCGACUGCAUCAUUCGUCUGCACCCCGAGCGCACUCGCAUCUUUUCCAACAUGACCGUGGCUGUCGGUGUGCAGGUGUGGUUGGGCUGCAAGUCGAGUUCUCUGUUCACCAACAUGGUCUGCAACUCCUCCGACACGGAGCAGUCCAUCACAUGUGAGGUGCUCGACCUCGCGCAAUUGAUUCACAUCGUCAAGCUGGCUGAGGUGCGAGAACGGGCACACCUGUCCGCCUCGCAGGUGCUAAUUCGGCUGACGAAAACAGGACAGCGCCCGCUGCUGAAGGUGUCGAUGGAUGGCCUUGCCGGCCAGCCUGACCUCUGCUUCGAUGUCCCGCUGCGCAUCUUGAGCGACCGCGAUAUUCAAGGCAUGGUUCCCCCUCCCCUCGAGAAGCGCCGCUUGAAGAUCAUGGUGCCGGACAUUCUGGAGUUGACCACCUUCAUUGAUAAGCUGAAGAACACCGCAGCCGACAACGUCACCUUUUCGGCGCGUGUGUUGACGCCGGCGGUGCCUCGCCGCAGUGCGGAGGAAGAAGCGGAGGACGACGAGGAAGCCGAGGAAGACUACCCAAACGAUGCAAGUGCGAUGGCCCGUCGGAAGCGUAAGCGUAAGCGAGGCAGCGGUGUGCUGCCCUACGCCAGUCUCGUCGUCAACGCGGAGCACUUCAUGGCGCGCAUCUCGCUCAAGUACGAGGCGGUGCCGUUGAUGGAGACACCAGAGGCGCAAAACGGCGCAGAGGAGGAGGUGGACGACGCGAGGCGAGAUGCACCAAUGGCGGCGGCCGCCGACCGCGACAACCGUCUUACCACCGUGACGGUCGAGACGAAGAAGUUUGCGCGCUUCUUCUCGACGGUGAAGGCCAUUAGCCCAGAUGAGAUAUGCAUGUAUCUGGUGAACAAGCGGGCGCUGGUGCUGAGCGUCUUCGCGGCCGGCAACAACACCACGCUGGUGGCGUACAUUCCAGCAAAGACAGCGACGUGA